AUGGCCACAACGGCGGCGUGGGCGGAGAGGAGCGCGGCCACGGCAGGGCGGCACGGCGCGGCCACGGCCACAGGCAGCGGCGGGCAGGGAAGGAGCACGGGCGACGCCACGGCGGAGCGAGCAGGGGAGGAGAGCGCGGGCGCGGGCACGGCGGGGCGGGCACGGGCGCGGGCGCAGCCAUGGCGGGGCGAGCAGGGAGGAACAGGCCACGGCGGCAGCGCGUGGCCACGGUGGGGUGAGCAGGCCACGGCGGGGCGGAGCGCGGCUGCGGGCCACGGCCACGGCGGCGAGCAGGCCACGGCGAGGCGGAGCGCGGCUGCGGGCCAUGGCCACGUCGGCGAGCAUGCCACGGGCGACUUUUGA